UGUUUGGCAACACUGAUUUCAAUAAUGGCGAUAGUUGCCCGAGGUCUGUUGUCAAAAAUUGUAUAAAUAUAUUGUUUGCGAAACUAUGAUGAAAUUUCCAACUGUUUUCUACAAGUUAAUACUAUCAUAUGUUUUUCGGUGCAACUGUGAUCAAAGUAUUGGUAAUCCUAAUGAUUGGUGAGUGACUUGAAUAAAAUAAAAUGGCUUGUUGCCCUGAGCUGUUACCAGAGCAGGGAUAUCAUCAACUUAAUGUGACUAUCGAGUGUGCUCAUUUACGCAACAGCGGUAUUCUGAAGCCUAGUCCGUAUGUGGAAUUAACUAUAGAUGGGAACAAUCCGGUGCGUACGGACAUCGUGAAGAAUACGUCGCAGCCGAAAUGGAACGAGACGUUCACAAUUCUCAUAAUGGCCAGGUCCAAGCUGCAUUUCACAGUCUUGGAUCACAACAACUUCCGCAAGGAUACGACCAUUGGCGAGAAACAACUUGAUUUGUUCCAACUGCUUAUGCACUAUAAUGGCAAAAUCGAGAAUUUGGAAUUGACCAUUGAUUUGAUGAACGAGAAGCAGAGCGAGACAGGAACCAAGAGCGGCGAAUUGAUCUGCAUGUUAGAUGGUUUAUUUGUAGAAACUGGACGAAACGGAAACAAUAUGCCGUUGUCCCAAGCCAAUAAUGAUAGCGGCCAGCAGAGGAGCGUUUUUAAUGGUGUUAGGGCUAAGAUCAGAACCCAAGGUACUGAGAAUGCUGUGCCCCCGGUGGUUCCGCCAAGGCAAGCUAUAGAAAGAAGCAUUUCACUAUCCAGCAGCAAUAGUGCUAAUAAUAUUCCACCAAUAUGCGGACCUCCCUUGGGAGCUCCCUCGUUACCGAUGGCAAAUGGAACGGCGAAUCCACAGGUAGAACCGGCUCAAACAAAUGGGGUGUCUCCAUCAACUGAGGAAGCCUUGCCGGCUGGUUGGGAAAUGCGUUUCGAUACAUAUGGAAGACGUUAUUAUGUAGACCAUAACACAAGAUCAACAUCAUGGGAGAGGCCGCAACCUCUUCCUGUUGGAUGGGAGAUGCGUCGAGACAAUCGCGGUAGAAUCUACUACGUCGAUCACAAUACUAGAACUACCACUUGGCAAAGACCUAACACAGAAAGAUUGCAGCACUAUCAACAAUGGCAAGGACAGAGGCAGCAUAUUGUGCAGCAAGGCAAUCAACGAUUCCUAUACCAACCACAACAACCGGCCAUAGCGGGAACCAGUGCUGCAGCUCCAGAAGAAGACGAUAGUUUGGGAACUUUACCUUCAGGUUGGGAAAAAAGGGUUCAACCGGAAGGUCGCGUUUAUUUUGUUAAUCAUAAGAACCGAACAACACAAUGGGAAGACCCGCGCACCCAAGGACAAGAAAUGAAUAGUGAUGUUGAUGACGGCGCUCUUCCUCCUGGUUGGGAAAUACGUUACACUGAAGAUAAUAAGCGAUAUUUUGUUGACCAUAAUACAAAAACUACUACUUUUGAAGAUCCCAGACCGGGAGCCCCGAAGGGUCCAAAAGGUGUUUACGGUGUACCGCGUAACUAUGAACGUUCAUUCAGAUGGAAAAUCGGCCAGUUUAGAUACUUGUGUCAAAGCAAUUCUUUGCCAAGUCACAUCAAAAUAACUGUGACCAGACAGACAUUGUUCGAAGACUCGUAUCACACUAUAAUGCGUUUGCCUGCUUACGAACUUCGAAGGCGGCUUUAUAUCAUUUUCAAAGGCGAAGAAGGUCUCGAUUAUGGCGGUGUAUCACGCGAAUGGUUUUUCCUGCUAUCUCACGAAGUGCUCAAUCCAAUGUACUGCUUAUUUGAGUACGCGAACAAAAACAAUUACAGCCUUCAGAUUAAUCCAGCUUCGUACGUUAAUCCGGAUCAUUUAAUGUAUUUCAAAUUUAUAGGCAGAUUUAUUGCUAUGGCACUAUAUCACGGCAGAUUUAUAUAUUCUGGAUUUACAAUGCCUUUCUACAAGAGAAUGUUGAAUAAGAAAUUGGUUAUGAAGGACAUAGAAAGCAUUGAUCCAGAGUUUUACAAUUCACUUGUUUGGAUCAAAGAUAAUAACAUUGAUGAAUGCGUGCUAGAGUUAUAUUAUAGUGUUGAUUUUGAAGUGCUUGGACAAGUGGUGCACCAUGAAUUAAAGAAAAGUGGUGAUAAGGAGAGAGUUACUGAAGAAAAUAAAGAAGAGUACAUUACUCUUAUGACAGAAUGGAGAAUGACCAGAGGCAUUGAACAGCAGACUAAAGCAUUUUUGGAGGGCUUCAAUGAAGUAGUCCCACUUGAAUGGUUAAAGUAUUUCGAUGAAAGAGAGCUGGAGUUGUUGCUAUGUGGAAUGCAAGAAAUUGACGUUGAAGAUUGGCAAAGACAUACUAUAUACAGGCAUUACACAAGAAAUAGUAAACAAGUGGUUUGGUUUUGGCAGUUUGUCAAACAAGCAGACAAUGAGAAGAGAACGCGUCUCUUGCAGUUUGUAACGGGAACGUGCAGAGUUCCGGUGGGCGGUUUUGGCGAGUUGAUGGGUUCGAAUGGUCCUCAACGUUUCUGCAUUGAAAAAGUAGGAAAAGACACAUGGUUGCCGCGAUCGCACACUUGUUUCAAUCGACUCGACUUACCACCAUACAAAAGUUAUGAUCAAUUAGUUGAGAAGUUGAAUUACGCAAUUGAAGAGACUGACGGAUUCGGGCAGGAAUAAUAAACUGUGCGACUGAAUAAAGGGGGGCUGUACCUGAUUUGGAUAUAAUCGAAAUUGCUGAAUUUCUUUGGGCCUAAGAUACUUAAUUUGCCCUUCAAUAAAUAUAUAUAUAUAGAGAAAGAGAUCAUUAAUUUAAUAAAAAUUUACAGUUUUCUUUCAAUUAUUUUUGUUUGUAAUUUAUAUUAGUCAAUAAUGUUUAUGUUGCGUGCAAUUUUUGCUUAUGAUAUUUGUGAUAGUUUAGUUUUAUUAUGUAUUAUUCAUUCUGUUUUGGCCCACGUAAAUUGAAUCAGCUGAAAUCGUGUAAAUAAUGCGGAGUAUUGAUAGUUUGUAAAUAUUGUCUGUCACGAACCGAUUUUUAAAAUAAUAAUAAUAUAUACACUGGUUUUUUUACAUUCCAUACUAUUUAAAAUUUGUAUUUUGAGUUUACAUUUUGUCUUUAAACUGCAUAUUCUCUCCUAAUGAUGUAUUUUUCUUCUUUUUUUCUUUCUUUUCUUUUUGUUUGUUUAUUUAUUGAAUAGCAAAACACCAAAGCGAAAUUUUUCAUUUGUAUUUAUAUGUUAAUAAUAAACGCUAGUAUGGGCUAACUGUAUAAAGUUUAUGAUGCUUAGUGUAGUGUAGUAAAUAUAGAUUUCAAAAUUGAAUAAUUUAUAACGUUUAUCUAAUGUUAUUUUCAAUCAUGUAUA